AUGUUACAAAUUACGCUCGAAGAGGGUGAUGUGUUUUCAGCAUGGUUGUCAGCAAAAGACGCUGGCUUUGAAGACUCGGAUAACAAGAUUACAAUUUUGCUGUUUACUAAGGUCACUGCAAAUAUUACAGUUAAUUAUGGCGGUAUGAUGCUUCGGUCACUUUUCGAGCACUACCAGCAUUGCGAAAUGGGCGCCGAAGGAUCGGAAACAGCUCUAGCCACAGCCGGCUACAUUUCAAUUCCAGGGCAUACACCUAUAAUACUUUCAGAAGUCAACGGUCGGACGGUGCUGCGACUUUUAGUUCGCGACGCUGCUAAUGAUGUCGAGUCAGCAUGCCUUGAGAAAGACCUACCAGAAUGGGUCACAUCAGUUGUGGAGAGGAGUAUGUUACCGAAGUUUACAAAGAUGCCGUUCUAUUUGCUACCACAUGUUAGUCUGAAUGUUAAAGCGCCAAAAAAAGAACGUUUAUCAGCCACUGAGAUGUUGCAAGUGCGGAAGGUUAUGGAACAUGUGUAUGAGAAAAUUCUAAACAAUCCAGAAAUGACAAUGAAUGAAAUGCCGAUAUCUGUGCAGAUUCCAACGAAUAUUGAACAGAAGAUGGAGCUGUACUGUAAUGAGCAGAAGCUCGAUCCUGAUAUGGAUUUACGGUCGGUGAAACAUUUUGUAUGGAAACAGGGCGGCGAUCUUCUGCUUUAUUAUAAACCACUAAAAUAA